AUGACCUAUGAAUCGUUUAAAGAGAUUCUUGCUUUCAUCGAACCAUACAUAACACUAAAAGAAUCAGGUGUAAUGGGAGCUCAUCAAACAAUCUCAGCGGCUCAAAGAUUAGUGCUCACCAUUCGGUUCCUUGCGACAGGAGAAACUUAUAAGUCUUUAAGUUUCCAAUUCAGAGUAUCUGAAAGAGCAUUAUCUUAUAUUGUUGAUGAGGUUACUAAAACGAUCACAGAGUACAUUGGAAAAGAGUAUAUGAAGAUACCUUCAAGUUUAGAUGAUUGGAACAAGAUAUCUGAGAAGUUUGCAUCAAGGUGGAACUUGCCCAAUUGCAUAGGCGCUAUUGAUGGAAAGCAUAUCCUAGUAAGACCUCCGCAUUCAUUCGAAUCAAUUAAGAUCAUUCGAUUUAGAAAAUUCGAAUUAAAACAUUCGAAAGCUAAUAUGUUGGUCGAAAUGUUGGCCAAACUAAAUGUUGGCCAACUUUUUUUGAGAUUUUUUUUCUUCUUGAGCAUGUUGGCGCCUAACGCAAACCGGCCAACAUUGUUGGCCAACAUGUUGAGUGGCUCUCCAAGUUCAUCUGAAUCAAAUAACAUAUUAAAUUUACAAUCUAAAAAGUAUUGGAUUACAUCUACUAGAGAUGUCACUACAAAGUUGAAAAAACGUUUAUUUUUUAGACAUUAA